AGAGGAACCUUGGUGCCACGGACAGUGGAUUCUACUCUCACACAUCCCAACGGCUAUCACCUGUGUCACCAUGGAAGAUACGAGGAGGAACACUGUCCAGAAACAGAAACCUAUAAAGACUGAGUGGAGUCCCCAGUGUGUCAUUUUCACCUAUUUUCAAGGGGACAUCAACAGUGUAGUAGAUGAACACUUCUCCAGAGCUCUGAGCAAUGUCAAGAACCCCCAGGAAUUGAGCCCCUUGAGCCAGAGUGAAGAUGUGGUCCUGAGGAAGGAUACUGACAUGCCUCCAAAUCCUUGGCGUUUCUCUUCUCCAUGGACAAAGCCACAGCCAGAAGCAUCUUUUGCAAAUGGUGCCACCGACUGCAGCAUGAAUGAGUUUGGGCCCAUGGCUAUGACUCAGUACCCAGUGCCCCUGCCUGGGAGUCCCUCUGCUCAGACUGGUGAGCUGUGGCAUUUUUCUUCCCCAGCCAGUGCUAACUCCCCGGAGCCUGAAUACCCUUGUGCCUUCUCCUCUGAGUACCUAGUUCCAGAGGCCCAGCGUAAUGAGAAACAUGAGUCUCUCCUAAAUCUUCUCCAUCAAGAGAGAUAUACAGCCCAACCUCAGCAAUCUGCCAUGUGGGAGAAUUGCAACUCUGCCCAUGCAGCCGGAAGCAGAGGAUAUCCCUUCAACCAGCCUUCCAACUCAGCCCACAGUAAGAAAUAUUUUCUCCCAGCUCAUGGACCUGCCAGUGCCAGCCUUGCACGUGGAAAUUCCACACGUAAGUGA